AUGUAAGGCCGGGUUCCCACUAUGCCGGACCGGCAGAUCUGCCGGAAACCGGACACCGGACAGAGUGUUCACAUUUAAAGCACCUCAGUUGAAUUUGGACCUGUGCCCACAAUGGACGACGAAAUUGUUGUGUUGUGGUGGUGGUGGUACAGAAGGCAAAAUAAAAGAAGAAAGUAUUGGGUACAUCCUAUUUUACGGGAAAGAUUUACACUAGGGACAUUUGAAACAUUGAUGGGUGAACUUAGAAGUGACGGAUCAAAGUUCUUCAAUUAUUUUCGAAUGACAACAACCACUUUUGACGAUUUACUGGGACGACUUUCACCAGGCAUAAGAGUACGAAAUACAAGUUUUAGAGAAUGUAUUUGCCCAGAACAAAGAUUGGCCAUUUGUUUAAGAUAUUUAGCUUCAGGAUGUUCAUUCAAAGAAAUACAUUACUCAUACAGAGUAGGCGUUUCGACAAUAAGUAAAAUAAUAAAAGAAAUGAGCAACGUCAUUUGGGAAAGCCUACAGACAGAUUUUCUUAAGCUGCCUGAUACUGAGAGAGAAUGGGAGGACAUCGCUUUAAGAUUCGAAAGAAAAGCCAACUUUCCUCACUGUAUUGGAGCAGUAGAUGGCAAACAUAUUAGAAUUUUGAAGCCAGCCAAGAGUGGUUCUAUGUUCUUUAAUUACAAGGAAUAUUAUUCUUUUGUAUUAAUGGCAAUUGUCGAUUCAGAGUACCGAUUUAUUUUUAUCAGUGUGGGCUCGUAUGGCAAGGAAUGCGAUUCCACUAUAUUAAAGGAUAGUAUAUUUUGGAAAAAAAUCAAUGAUGGUACUUUAAAUGUACCAAAGCCUCGACCACUUCAUACAAACAUGCACGAGGAAUUACCGUUUAUACUAGUUGGCGAUGAAGGCUUUGCUUUAACACCUAAUCUCCUACGUCCAUAUGGAGGUACACAUUUGAAUAAUGAUAAAAAGAUUUUUAACUAUAGAUUAAGUCGAGCACGAAGGUACGUUGAGUGCGCUUUUGGUAUUCUAGCAAAUAAGUGGCGAAUACUCCAUCGGCCUAUAGAUCUGAACGUAGACACAGCAAUUAAAGUAAUUAAAGCUUGUACAGUCUUACAUAAUUUUGUUAGAGAAAAAGACGGUAUAAAUUUUGAAAGUUACCAAAAUAUAGAAAAUGGACAAGAACAAGAAACGAGACCCGUGGAUCGAAAUGGGUCGACUCGAGGUGGCCCUAAUGCCAAUGCUAUACGAACAGCAUUUACUAAUUAUUUUGUUUCGGAUAUUGGUUCCGUUCCGUGGCAGGCAGCAGCUAUAAAUUAAAAUUUGUGAAUGCAUUUUUAUCAAUAAAAAUAUUUAAAAAACUCA